CGCCGCCAUGGAGGCCAAGGUCCGGCCGAGCCGGCGUUCGCGCGCGCAGAGAGACCGCGGCCGGCGUCGGGAAGCCGCCCGCGACGCCCGCGCGCAAAGCCCGUCGUCGGGCGACGAGCCGGAGCCCAGUCCUGGCAAGGAGAACGCGGGAGUCCGCGGCGCGCCGUCUCAGCGCCCUACGCCCCUGCGCGCAGCGCGCCCCCCGCGGCGCCGUCGCCGCGAGUCCAGCUCGCAGGAGGAGGAGGUUAUUGACGGCUUUGCUAUAGCCAGCUUCAGCACCCUGGAGGCCCUGGAGAAGGACAUGGCUCUGAAGCCACAUGAGCGGAAGGAAAAAUGGGAUCAACACCUCGUCAAGAAGCCCCGAGAGUCAGAAAACUGCCCAUCUGCUGAGCUGAGUGAGAACAGGCAGCCCCUGGAGCUGGGCAGUCCAGGGCAGAAUGCAGAGCCCACUUGUGAUGAAGGGACUAAGAAGGUCCCGUUGCAGCCCUCCAAACAGAUGAAGGUCACCAUGACCAGAGGGGGUGACCAGAACAGUGACGAUGACAGUGUCCUUGAAGCUUCCAGCUCUCAGCAUAGCAACUCCCGGGACCAGCUGAGCGAUAGCUCUGCACAGGCGGUUUCCGGGAGAGGCUACUCAUGCGACAGUGAGAGUGGCGUGGAUGACAAGGCAUCUGUAGGCUCUGAGAAGCUCUUUACCCCGGCAUCUGACAGAGGCUCUGGGAAAGGUGAGAAAUCAGAGGCCAAGGCUGGGGCAGUGCCCAAGGUGUCAGGCCUGGAGCGCAGCCGUGAGCUCAGCACCGAGUCUUUACUGCCUGACACAGCACCGGCGCCCUCAGGACCUCUCCCAGGAGCUCGGGACAGCCCCCUGGUGAAGAGGGAAGCCCCCAUAGUACCUCACCACGUCUCGCAGUCACAGCUCACCCCGCAGCAUCGUGGCUCACUCCCAACACACGUGCCUCUGUCCUUGGGCGCCUUCGUGGGCCCUGGCUCUGGCCAGGUGGCACCCAACAGCCUGCACCUGCACAGCCUCAGCAGGAGCAGCAGUACAGUCAGCGGCACCCCUCUGGGUCUGGCGAAGCACGUGACACUGUCACAGCACGUGACACUGUCGCCACAUGGCCCUGGCCCCCACCUGUCUACCUCACACCUGGCGCUCAGGUCCCAGGCGCAGCACCAGCACCACGCUGCAGCAAUGUUUGCUGCCCCCGCAACACUGCCCCCGCCCCCAGCCUUGCCCGCCAGCAGCCUGGUCAUCCCAGGACACCCUGCCGAUGCCAGCCUGUUGAUCUCAUUCAACCAGCCAAUCAUGUAUUGCCAGCCUCAUUCGGGGAUUCUGAUUGAUCACGAACUGCUCAGGCAAGAGCUGAACACGCGGUUUCUGGUGCAGAACACCGAGCGGCCUGGCGCCUCCCUGGGCUCGGGGGCUCUGCUGCGGGCCGAAUUCCACCAGCACACGCAUCAGCACACGCACCAGCACACACACCAGCACCAACACACAUUUGCCCCCUUCGCUGGCCUGCCCCCGACGCCGCUCAUGCCACCCAGUGCACCCUCGCCGUUUGACAAGUUCUCUCCCAAGCUGGACAGCCCCUACUUCCGACAUUCCAACACUUCAAACUCAGUCGAGAUAACGGGCCGGGCCAGUGCGGUUCACACUUUCCUGCAGAAAGCCCCUGGGGUGCCUGAUCCAUACCGGACAGCAGUCAGGAAACCAGGGAAGUGGUGUGCGGUACACGUGCAGAUCGCCUGGCAGAUCUACCACCAGCAGCAGAAGAUGAAGAUGCAGCUGGACCCCCACAAGCUGGAGGUUGCCACAAAGCUGGAUCUUUUUAGCCGGCCCCCUGCCCCAGGCAUGUUCUCUGGGUUCCACUACCCACAGGACCUGGCCCGGCCCCUCUUCUCCAGCACAGGUGUCACUCAUCCAACCGCCAACCCAUUUGGACCCUCAGCUCAUCAUGGCAGCUUCCUGCCCACUAGUCAUCUAACAGACGCCUUCAGCAGAUCCAGCACCUUUGGAGGCCUGGGGAGCCUGGGCAGCCAUGCUUUUGGAGGUCUGGGCAGCCAUGCACUGAGGGGCAGCAUCUUUGCCUCCAAGGAGGGCACAGCUUUGCUUGGCCUGCCCAGUCCCCAUGAUUCCUGGAACCGGCUGCACCGGGCACCGUCUUCUUUUCCUACCCCGCCCCCGUGGCCCAAGCCAAUGGAUACUGAGCGCUUCUCAGCCCUGACCAACCACGACCGAGAGCCUGACAAAGGCCAGGAAGAGCAUGAGCGGGACCUCCUGGAGAAGACGCACCCGCUGAGCCACACCUCGCCUGCAGCAUCAGUGAGCCAUCCCAUCAGCAGCCUCCUGCAGCGGGGUCCCGGUGAGCUGGGUCUCCCUAGAAUCCUCACAGAGAGCGAGGCUGAGCCUCGGGUCAAGGAGGGCCACUCAUCAGGCAAAGAGGAUAGUGCCAAACAGGGUGCACGACCUCCAUCGCCCUACUGCAAGGCAGCCCUGGAUGACUGCCUGCGCCUGCCAGGCCUGUUGGGUCGGGAGUCCGGCAAGCAGACGCCUGAGCAGCCCCAGGGCGAUGUGAAGGUAAAGGAGGAGCACAGGGAAGACGAGACACCGGAGCUCACGAGCAUCAGCGUGCACUCCACAGCCACACAUCUGGGCCUGGGCACGUCGGGCUUCGUGUGGGACCUGCCGCGCGACACCUACCGGGGCCUAGAACUGCCCCGCCGCACUUUUCCUGCCCUGCCGCCCGCUGCGGGCCCCGCUGCCUUCGAGCUCUCUGAGCGCACCUACCGCGACCGCGAGCCUCACGACUACAGCCCGGAGUGCCUGCGGGAGGUGCGCCGGGAAGAGCUGGAGCGCGCCUGCGCACCCGCCUCGGGCACCGCGCUCUUGCCGGCACUGCAUUACCCGCGCCUGGCUCCUGGCGCGCUACACGGCACGCUCCUGGCCCGGACCCCGCCGGCCACCGCCACACUCGGGGCGCCUCCUCCACUGGUGGCUGCAAGCGGGGUGUCUACGCCACCAGCGCGCUCUAGGACGACGCCGCUGGCGCUUGGGCCUGGCGAGGCGCGCGACUACUCGCCGGCGGCGUGCAACCCGCCUGAGGUGGAGGCUCGGUAGUCCCAGUUUACCAGACUGACUCACUUAAAUACCUGGGAUCUGAGCACAGUUCCUCUAGUCCAGGAGCAGCGCCGCUCGCUCCACGCUGGGGCUUGCAUAGUCCAGGACUUGACUAUUUUCUGGGGUAACUUCAUUUUCCGAGCUUGCAGUUAGGACACUGGGAAAAAUUUAGCUUUGUAACUCCCCACAGGUGACAAGCAUUUUUAAUGGUUUUGUAUUUUUCUUAAUUUUGUGCUCUAACAUUUUAAAGAACCAAAAAAGAAAAAAAGAAAUUUUAUUUGGGAUUUACGAUUUCACGUCUCAGAUUCCGUUUGAGCCCCAGAGUUUGUCUUAUUUAUGGAAAGAAACAGUCUUUCUGUCUAGCGCACUGUGAGGCUCCACACUCAGGCCCGGCUCUGGCCUUCCCUUGGUACUUGGAACCGAAGUUACAGAUAUAUAUUAAAAUAAUAAUAAUAAUAAUAAUAAUGUACAAAACUUUGGGUUUCUGCCUUAUGCAUAGGUGUAAGAGGAUUUCUUUGGUUUGAUUUUUUUUAGAGAAAAACAUGUAAAUAUUCUGUUGAUAUAAUUAUAAAACUUAUUAAAUUCUUAACCUGGACAGUCUAUAAAAAGUUUCUAGAAA